AUGGGUGCCCUCUACUACCUCAUGCACCCGAACCAGUUGCGGUCCAUAAUACAAUGGAAGCUCUGGCACGACCCCGUCCACAAGCGCAACCCGUCGGAGGAGUCGCCAGAGCUGCAGGAAUGCUUCCGCUUCCUCAACCUGACGAGUCGCAGCUUCGCGGCCGUCAUUCAGGAGCUCAACCAUGAGCUCCUUGUCCCCAUCACCCUCUUCUAUCUUGUCUUGCGCGGCCUCGACACCAUCGAAGACGACAUGACGAUCUCCAUAGACAAGAAGGUUCCCCUGCUGCGAAAUUUCCAUGAGACCAUGGAGAUUGACGGCUGGCAGUAUCAUGAGAGCCAAGAAAAGGACAAGGAACUGCUGGAGAAGUUUGACGUUGUCGUCACGGAGCUCAAGAAGCUCAAGCCCAAAUACCGCACCAUCAUCAAGGAGAUGACGGUCAAGAUGGGCAACGGCAUGGCCGACUACGCGCAAAAUACUGAGAUGAUCAAGAACGGCGUUCAGACCAUCGAAGAGUAUGAGCUUUACUGCCACUACGUCGCCGGCCUUGUUGGCGAGGGCUUGACCCGUCUUUUCGUCUCGUCGGAGCUGGGAAACCCCAAGCUGGCGGAGCGGCCGUCAUUGACCGAGUCGAUGGGUCAAUUCCUGCAAAAGACCAACAUCAUCCGCGACAUUCACGAGGACUGGCAAGACGGCCGGCGGUGGUACCCCAAGGAGAUCUGGAGCAGGCAUGUCGACAAGUGGGAGGACCUGCUCGACCCCAAGUACCGCGAGCAGGCAGUCAACUGUGUGUCUGACAUGAUUCUCGACGCAUUGAAGCACGCCGAGGAGUGCCUGUUCUACAUGGCGGGCAUGCGCGAGCAAAGCGUCUUCAACUUUGUGGCUAUCCCCCAGGGCAUGGCCAUUGCCACCUUGGAGCUCAUGUUCCGCAACCCCGACGUGCUUGAGAAGAACGUCAAGAUCACCAAGGGCGACGCCUGCCAGCUCAUGUUCGAAUGCACACAGAACCUGCACUCGGUAUGCGAAGUGUUCCGGAGAUAUGCCCGGAAGAUUCACGCCAAGAACGACCCCCGCGACCCCAACUACCUGGCAAUCAGCGUGCGAUGUGCUCAGAUUGAGCAAUUCAUCGAGACGCUGUAUCCUAAGCAGGAUCCCAAGAAGCUGACGCUUGAGAACGAGCAACGGCAGAAGAAGGAGCCAACCAUGGACCCUGGCGAGAAUCUCGUCAUGUUUGGCGUUGUCCUUUUGUGUCUCCUGUUUGUAUCUGGCAUAAUGAUCGGAACUGCAAUGUUCCUGGGGGCGAGAUUCCCAAUCCUCACAGACAUAGCCCAGUACGCAGCGAAUCUUCUCCCCGGCAACACGCCACCGGCAGCCGCCACGGGGCGCGACGAGUUAUAG